UCUGAUGUUGAAAUAAUAUCUAAUAAUCUAAUUGAACAAUAUUCUUAUAACCAAGAAGAAUUAGAUGAAUCUAUUAUAUCAGAUGAAUCUAAUUUAAAUAAAUCUAUUUUAAAUAAUGAACAAAUAGAUAAAUUUAAAAAAAUUUAUUAUAAAAAUAAAAUUAAAGAUAAUGAAAAUAAUAAUGAAGAUUCAAUUCAAAAAAUUAAAAAAAAAAAGAUAAAGAAGCUUAAUAUAAAAAAUUACAAACUACAAUAUGUUGCAAAGAAAAAU